AUGUACUCUGUUGUGGGAGAGUUGUAUCAUAUCACGUUGGAGGCCAAGGAUGGAGAGAAUGUUAAUGUUUAUAAAGCAGAAGUUCGGGAGCGGUUAUAUCAGCAAAAGGGGUUCUUGCUAACAGAAUUCAAGCUUGAUGGUGAUGCUUCUUCUGUUGACUCGGAGAAGUUUCCAGAAUUUAAGAGUGUUUUGUCUAGUAUUUUCCUAAAUUUAAAAGCAAAGGCGGCUAGUAUAUGGGCGGCAGGAUUUUCCCAAACAGAGCAAAGCUGCAAAGACCUAACGAUCACAACAAAAUCGAAGAAGUUGAAUCCAAUCGAUCCUCCUACCAUCAAUAACUUGGCUCGUUUUGCUGUUGAUCAACACAAUAUCAAAAACAAAAAGGACUUAAAUCUGAAGUUUGUGAAGGGUAUAGAUUCAAAGCAGUACUUGACUUAUGGAAACUUUUAUGACGUAACAUUGAAGUCCAUGGAUGGAGAGAAAGUGAAUGUCUAUCAAGCAGCGAUUUGGGAGCGACCUCGAUUGAACUUCCAGCAGCUAUCGGAGAUCAAGCUUGUUGGUGAAGCUCCUUUGUUGAUUUAG